CCCAUUUACCGUAAAGGGCAUUGUAGAAGCGCAGGCGGAAGAAUCGGAUGCUGUGCGUGGCGGUCGGCAACUUUCUGCUGUGUCGAAAAGUUCCUCUCAGUGGUGGUCAACCUUGCGUUCGAGUGACACAACCGGGGAAGAUGGCGUGGCGCCACAACUGUGCCACGUCCCGAUUUAGCGGAGAAAUCAACAAAUACCCCCGACACGUCGCCGUGCUCUGCCUGAUAUUUUGUCUGCUUCUGCUAUCCUCGGCGGCGGAGGCCGGACUGUACACGAAGUCCGAUCAAAUCGUCGCGCUCUCGACGGACAAUGUCAAGUCUGUUUUGGUCAACUCCAGCUCAGCUAUAGUGGUGGAGUUCUAUGCGUCCUGGUGUGGACACUGCAUCUCCUUCUCGCCCGUCUAUAAACGUCUGGCGAGAGAUAUUAAAGAGUGGAAGCCUGCCGUUGAUCUGGCAGCCAUUGACUGUGCUGAUGAGAAUAACAGGAAGGUCUGCAUAAGCUUCGGCAUCAGAGGAUUUCCAACUUUGAAGUUCUUCCAUGCCUACAGCCAGGAGGAUUCGACUGGAAAGGCCUUUACAGGUUUGCUCCAUGACGUCCAAUCCCUCCGCCACUACAUUGUAGAGCUAAUGGAAAAACACCAAGAUCCGUGGCCUCCGGCCUGCCCUCCGCUUGAACCCACCAGCCAAGCUGAAAUCGACACCUUCUUGGAGAACAACAACGUUCGACACUUCGCCUUGAUCUUUGAGGAUGUAAGCUCCUACAUCGGCAGAGAGGUGACCUUGGACUUGUUGCAGUUUGAGAACAUUGCAGUGCGGAGGGUCCUGAGCACUGAGGAAGACCUUGUUACCAAACUGGGGGUAACCGAGUUCCCUUCCUGCUACCUUUAUUAUCCUGGAGGCAACUUCACAAGACUCAAAGUCAAAUUUGAGACCCGUACUUUCUACUCCUACGCCCUUCAGGGGCUUCCUGGGGUGGUGCGUUCAGGGAAGUCCUUGCCGGCCAGCGCAGACCACAUCGGCACGCAUCAAGAGGAGCUGUGGAGACCUUUCAACAGGUCCAGGGUGUACAUGGCCGACCUGGAGUCGACGCUGCACUACUCGCUGCGGGUGGAGCUGGCUGCUCAUCCUGUCAUCACAGGAGAGGCGCUGACUUCUCUCAGAAAGUACAUCUCAGUCUUGGCAAAGUACUUCCCAGGCCGCCCCAUCCUGAUGAACCUGUUGAAGUCCCUCGAUUCAUGGCUACAACACCAGACUGGUGAUCAAGUUUCAUAUCAAGCGUUCAGUGAAAUCCUGGAGAAUUCGACACAGGGUCCAGAUGCUGCCUUGCCCGAGGGGGUGAGGUGGGUGGCUUGCCAAGGGUCACAACCCCACCUCCGACGUUAUCCUUGUGGCGUGUGGACUCUCUUCCACCUUCUUACAGUGCAAGCCAAGAAAGCUGGUGACUCAGAUCCCGCGGAGGUGCUGAGUGCGAUGACAGGCUACAUCAGCAAUUUCUUUGGCUGCCGGCCAUGCGCCGAACACUUUGAGAACAUGGCCAGAGAGAGCCUUUCGGAGGUGAACACUUUUACUGACUCCAUCCUCUGGCUUUGGGCCCGACACAAUCGGGUCAACAACAGAAUAGCAGGUGCUUUGAGCGAUGACCCCAACUUCCCAAAGAUCCAGUGGCCUCCACCGGACACGUGUGCAGACUGUCACGGCGUGAAGGAGAACGGGGAGCACAAGUGGCACAUCAAGCAGGUUCUGUCCUUCCUUGAGGACUACUACUCUGCCGAACGUAUCCUCACAGACUACCUGGAAGACGAAAGUGAGGUUUUGGCCAAGCAGAAGGGAAAACGUGUCAAACUGCAGGCUCAGAAGCGUGUCGAAAGAGAAGCCAGCGAGGCCCUGAACCCUCCCAAUCUUCCUCCUCCAACGCAAGCUUUGAUAGAAGAAGAGGAGGAAGAGGAAGUGGUGGCAGAUGAAGAAGAGCAAGCGGCAGAAGCGGCCCAAGAGGAAGGUAAGACCCUUGAACCGAAACCCUGGGCCGCAGCGGAAAUCAAACUGGGCUCGGAUCGGCAACAUAACGUCAGGAGGCCGAGUAUCGUGGGAAUGAAAGUGCGAGAUGUGCAGGAGGACAUCGUGGACCUGGACUUGUUCGCCAACCAGCACUACAAAGCCCAAGCCAUGCAGGUGGCCACCUCCAGCCGAGUCAAACAACGCACCCUGCAGAGGAAUCGGGAGAAGCGAGACUCCGGGCCCGUGUUCGGGCUGCGCAUGGAGCCGGACGCCGGGCUCGGCGUGGCGGCCCUGGAGUCGGACUUCGGUUCCGACGAGGGGACGCGCGUGCUUAAGCGAGAACUGUCGGCCCAGCGCUUGGGCGAAGACGGCGGGCCGGGCCGGAGAGGCCGCUGGAUGUCCAUGCUGAGCAUUGGCUUCUCCAAAGUGGACGUCAGCCUGUGCGUCAUCCUCUACUUCAUGUCCUCCAUGUGUCUCCUUGUCAUGUACCUCUUCUUCAAAACCCGCCUCCGUUUACGGCGGCCCAAAGCGUCACUGCCUUGAUCUGAAGUGUGGGCCGGGCCCUUCCAACAACCUUUCCUUGCUGGUCUGGUUCUGUGCUUCAAGUCACAUCUAGUGACUUCCACUAGCUUUUCAGCAAAUGACCUACCGUGAAAACUUUGUGCAUAUAUGGAUGUUUAUUUUCAUCAAUGAGUCUGGUGUGAAUGAAGGAGAUCCUUUUUUGUUUUGUUUUUUUUUUGAUUAUGCCAUGAAGGACAUUUCAACACAUCCGCAGGCAAUGGAACUACUUGAACUUCUCUCCGGUGAUUCCACAGAUUUCUUUUUUAAUUCUAUUUAGCUUUAUGAGCAUUUUAUUUCAGAUUUUGGGUGAAAGACGUCCACCAUGAGUUACACUUUGUAUGUUAUAGGCAAUAACAUUCGGUACACCUGUAUGAACUAAUGCAGUGUUUCUCAACCUUUAUUGAGCCAAAGCGCAUUUUACCAAAAUCUCAAAAAUCACCACCAAACAAAAAUGCUUGCUCUGAAUAGCGCAAAUCUGAUAACACCCCACAACCCACUCCCCAUUAAAUGUCACAAAUUGCCGCUUUAGCUAAAUGAAACUCAUCAACUCACGCUCGUUUCUUUGCAUGAUAUUGCCACAAAGUGGCCACAAAAUACUACUACUGUCUGAAGCGCUUCAAUUCACUUCAACAAAAAGUAAUACCGGUACUUUCUUUGGUCUGAGUGCAAAAACAUUCGGUGAGUUUUUCAUUGAACACACUGGACAGGUUUCCCCCAAAUGAAUUUGCAAAAUGCAGGACCACAAAUAUGCAGGGGUUCACUCUAUCCUGAAAAAGUUGAAAGCAAAGCUGUUAUUUUUUUGAAUUGCAGCAAAUAAAUAUACAGAUUGGUUGACCCAAUUGAGGGUCAGUGAUUCAGAAAAUUAAAUAUAGUUCGAGCGGAGGAUUAUGUGAUUGUUGAUUCUGUCACUAUAAAUCGCUGGCAUAGAAAAAUGGACAAAGAUACAUUAUUUGUAAUAAAUUUAAAAAUGUCAGACAAGUUAAAUAAAAUGGAAAAAAAUUACAACUGAUAAUCUCUCACAGCACACUCAUGGUGUAAUGAGAUACAGUCUAAUAGCGGUAUGAAAAAAAUCUUUUGAAAUUUGUAAACAUGCCUCCCAUUGGAAGGAAAUCUUUGAUUGUGCCAGUGUACCUAAUGACGUGCCCAACGUGUAUAUUUGUUUGCAUUCUAAAUACUCACCACUGCUCUUGAAUUACAAAUUGAUAUUCAUUCUUUUUUUUUUUUGUUCAUUCCGUUUCACUGUUACACUUUAAUUACCGUUGAGACCAUGAGCCACUUGUCUUGCAGCUCCUGUGUUUCAAACAUCGCAUCCGCAACGAUGACGUCACAUUGCUGAGUCGUCAAGACAGAAACUGUUCAUGUCAAGUGGACAGACUAAUGCUGUCAUUACAAACAUAUGCGUGGAUUGUGGAAAACAAAGUUGUUUUGUUUUGUUUUUGUUUUUUUGGACAGCUCAUUUUGAAUGUGUCGAGAAAUUAAACAUCUCUAUCGUCUGUGACAUUAAAAAGUGUGACCAGAA